AUGAUUUUGAUAAGAUUGAUAGAUUUGAACGAGACUAAUAAUGAAGGAGAAGGAAAUCCGAGUGCUAUUGAAGUACUUCAAGCUGUGGCCCAGCAGUUAAUAGAGGAGCUCAUGCAGAACCCUCCGGGUCAUAAUCGCAACCGGAAUGAAAGAGGCUGUACAAUGGAACAAUUUAACCGGAUGCACCCUCCUUCAUUUGAUGGGAAAGGCAAGCCAACCUUAACUGAGGAUUGGGUUCAGGAUAUCAAGGAGAUACUUCGAGUCUUAAACUGCAUAGAUGAACAGAAGGUAUCGUACACCACCUUUAAGCUAACCGGUGAGGCAAAACAAUGGUGGAUUCCAGAGAGAACCAUUGGGGAAGCAGAUGGGAGGGGAGUUUUUAGCUGGCGCCAUUUCAAGCAGAUCUUUGUUGAUCAUUUCCUUCCAAGAUCGGUCAGAGAUGAUAGGGCCAGGAAGUUUGCUAACUUGGUUCAGGGCACCAUGACAAUACACUAG